AUGCCACCAAACGGAGAUGUGGAACUGUCCCAUCUGGAUCCCGUAGCGUGCACCCGCGUUUCCAAUCAUUCCUCUCAUUGCUCCUCUCCAGUUCCAUGCCCGUCAUCAGAUCCUCCUUCCACCGACUCUCAGCUCCCGGCAGCAGUAAAAAGAGGACUCUUCGUAUCCCACGCGCUUUCAACAUGGAACUCGAGAGUCUUCGAGUUCGGUGCUGUUCUAUAUCUCGCAUCAGUCUUUCCAAACACUCUAAUGCCAAUGUCAAUAUAUGCUUUGAUUCGCGGCAUCUCCGCUGUCGUUUUUUCUCCAAUGAUCGGCAGUUACAUUGACGCCACGAACCGGUUACAUGUUGUUCGCCUCUCUGUUGUCAUGCAGCGAUUAGUAGUCUCGGUGUCAUGCCUAGGGUUUUGGCUUCUGGUUACUAGGCGGUCGAUUCCACCGUUUUUGAAGAUUGGGCUUUUGGGGUUCCUUUCUGCGCUUGCUUGUGUGGAGAAGCUCUCGUCUAUCAUGAAUCUAGUUGCGGUAGAGAGAGACUGGGUUGUUGUCAUCUCUGAAGGCCACGAGCCUACCCUUAGAGAACUCAAUUCCCAAAUGCGGCGGAUUGACUUGAUUUGCAAACUUGCAGGUCCUUUCUUCAUCACCGCACUCGAUGCUAUAUCCACCGAGAUUGCAAUAUUAACGAACCUAGCUAUGAAUGCAGCUUCUGCACUCGUGGAAUACUACGCUAUUGCUAAGGUCUAUAACAUCACUCCAGCCCUUCAAGAAGCCAAAGAUGUCUCUAAUCCUUCCAUGGGAACCGAGGCAACCAGUCGCUGGAUCACCUUGCAACGGUGCAAAUCUGGCAUUCUUGCCGUGGCAAGACAGAUUAGCGCGUACCUUACCCAUAGAGCUAUCCUCCCCUCCUUCGCUGGCGCUCUGCUCUACUUUACUGUGCUCUCCUUCAACGGCCAGAUGGUCACAUAUCUCCUUGCGACUGGCUACAGCUCCCUCCACAUUGGCAUCAUGCGCACCAUCUCGGUUGCCUUUGAGCUAUCUGCAACUUGGCUGACACCACUCUUGAUGUCGAGAAUUGGUCCAAUCCGCACUGGAAUCUGGUUCCUUAACUGGCAGAUCACGUGCCUAGCUCUCGGGGUUUGCGUUUAUACAACAGCGUCAUCUCCACUUAUUUCGUCCACCGGUCUCGUAGGAGGCACGAUCCUUAGUCGUGUAGGCCUGUGGGGAUUCGAUCUUUCAUCACAGAUCAUCAUCCAAGAGGACGUCGAGGCAGACACUAGAGGGUCAUUCUCUACUCUCGAAGCGUCAGGGCAGAACUUCUUCGAGUUAUGCUCUUUUGCCACGACCAUCGUGUUCUCCCGCCCAGAUCAGUUCCAGUGGCCGGUUUUGAUGAGCUGUGCAGCGGUUUUUAUGGCUGGUGGACUAUACGCGACGUUUGUGAGGCAACGCAGGGGCCAUUUGAUACACUUUUCCAAGUGCAUGGAAUUGAAAGACAGGAGGAAGAGGCUAUCUGGAUUUAGAUACGCGAGGCUGUCGCAGGCAGAUGUUUAG